CAAAUACGGAGUUACCGCGUUACUUUACUUUUUGCGUUACUCACGUAUGGGUUCUGUUUCAGAGUUUGAUCCGGUUUCUGAUUUCCUUGCACGCGAGCAAGAGGCUCUCGGUGACUUGGGCGAUGACUUCAGGCUAGAUGAAAACUCCCCAGAUCCUACAGUUCAACCUAACGAACCCACUUCGGAUGCUAGUUAUGUCUUCCUCAAUGGAGAAUCGAAAAUAAACGGCUCGCAUGGUGAGCAUAAUUCAUCCGAACCUGAUUUCGCAGUUAACGAUUAUGAUCGUGACUAUAAUGCGACGGAGUCUGAUUUGCAAUCUAGUGGUACUGAAGCAUGGCGCGAUGAAUUCAAUAAACGAAUAAAAGCUAAAGACACAGAAGAGGAGAAAAAAUGUUUAGAGCUUAUUGAGAAUGGAAAGAAGGAGUUAAACGAUUGGUACAAGAAUUAUCAUCAACAACUGGAAACCAGAUCGCGUGAAUUACGCGAGAAGAAAGGUGAUUCCAAUAGUUUAAAUGGUCAAUUCAUAAAUGGCGGUAGUAAACCGUCUGUAAAAGACUCUGCUGUUUGGGAGAGUAUCUGCAAUUUAUGUGAUUUUCAGUCGAAACAAAAAGUUGCAAUUGAUAUGUCAAGAAUGCGUGGUAUUCUGUUAUCCCUUAAACCAAACAGUUGAUUUGAUGGGGAUAACAAGGAAGAAAGCGAUAUAUACAUAUGUGUGUGCACUCUGUACCUACUUCAAUUUCUUUUUAUCGUUGUUGACUUACGCAAAACCAGCAUUAUUAUUUCACUUACAAUCCAUUGGUGGUCCUUCAUUUCCAACCACUGGAGGAGAGUGCCUUGAUUUAAAUUGAUUUCUUUUUUUUGGUUUAUGCCGUUGUUUUUUUUUUUUUCAUGAGACCAUUGUUUUUUUUAUAUUCACUUUUACGGAUGAUAUCUACGAAAGGUGUGCUGUUUUCACAUUUUUUUAAUAGGUACAUUUUGGUUAUGUAAACUAGGUUUUGUCUCAUGUGUGUGUCUAUCUUAGGUUUGCCUUUAUCUAAUUGUAUAAUUUAUUGGUUUUGAUAUGUACUCUCUUUCUUCGAACGUCGUGUGUGUGUGCGUGCGUGUGCGUGUUUCAACGCUUGCACGCUUCUCUUAUCCAUUGUAACUGGGAUUUUUACACUGAUAUAUUCUAGUUUUUGUGAUCUUUUUACGUUUCUUUUUGUUUUUUAAUUGAAAGACAUUAUGUGCCUGUCUGCAUGCGUGCCUAUGCGCUUGUAUUUGUUGAAUAAACACGUUAAUUUGUA